AUGGCUUCUAUUUCAAAUGGUGCCCCGGGUGAGUUCUCCAACAUACGGCCUCUGCAGAACGGUUGCAUACCCAAAUACAAGCCCAGGAGGAGAGUAUCUGCAGUCCGGGACUUUCCCCUACUUUGUGGCCGUAAUACUGUGCCGGUGAAUUUGAAACCCGAAGAAAUUAGAGGCAGUGAACCUGGACCCAUCUUGGCUAAUACUUUUGGAAGUCCUGAAAUGGCUGAAACAAUUGGGCCCCAGCCGGUCGGAUAUUCUGAAGCCGACAUCAAAGCAGAGAGUAAUGAGGUAGUGAAGGAUUGGGAGACGAAAACAGAUACCUACUUACAAAAUAAUGUCGGAUGUAGCAGUGUGAAAAACUCAAAUAUUAAAGUGGAGUGCAAAUCACAUGAAGCGUUAUCUAUUGCUGUGGAUGUGGAUAUGACUGAGCCGUUGGAAGCAUUGGUGGGAAAAAUCACGGCAAGUGCGAAUCUGGAUGAGAAUCCAUCGGCUUUGCCACCCGGAUUUCAGUUGCCAAAUGAGGUUGAGCAUCAAGGCCAUGAAGCAGUAAAUAAUCCUAUGGAAGUUGAGAGGCCUGAGUCAAUGGACGUGUGUUUUGGGGAAGGGACAACUACAGCAACAAAGGUAAAGGAAAGUUUUAUGGAUGCUGCUGAAAAUUUGAUCACAAAUGGUAAACUCAAUGAAAUUAAUGCACUGGAUGGUGCGAAAACUGAUUCCCCUCACAAAGAAACUGAGGAUAGAGGCCAGACAUUGCUGAAUGAGAUAAACAAAGUGCAACCAUUGACUUUGGUUAAGAAAUCAGGUCUGGAGGAGGCCAAGCCAUCUCAGGAUAGUUCUGUUGGGGUGAAGUUCAAAUACCGUACGACGACUGUGUCUGCAGUUCGUGACUUCCCUCCCUACUGUGGGAGAAAUAUUCGUUUACCGGUUGAAGGAGGCUGGGCGGGUGGAGGUGUGAAGCUUAAAUCUGCAUCACAUCAAAGUCUGCCAGGAACUGUUCUGCAGGAUGGGACAAUUAGACAGAUAACACAGACUUCCCGAGGAAAAUAUGUGAUUAGACUCAAAAAAGCCCCUGUCGUGAAUGAGUUAACCGCAUUGAGUGAUGGUGGGGCUGGUGGACAGCCAUUACUUUCAGGAAAAAGCAGCGGUACCUUACGGCAAAGCAAUAUUCAGGAAUUAGAAACCGGAGAUUCUGUCUUCCACGAUGAAGAUAUGCCUGAGAUUGGUGCUCCUAUUUCAGCUGAACAUGCUGGAAAAGAUGUCGUUAAUUAUCCAGGAAAAAGGGAUGAAAGAUUCAAGCCUUUGCAUAGUGCUUCUAGCUCAAAUGGUGACGAGAAUAGGAAGAUUAUAUAUGCUCUGAUGGCUGAACCAAACUGUUCUUGGAAGAAAGCGAAAAGAUCUCCGAGAAAUAAGCAUGAUUGGAGAAUGAGUGGAGAAAAAAAUGAGUUUAGUCCCUCCAGGCGGCACAUAUCAAAGGCCAUUGCUAGGAAAAGUAUUCAGAAUGUAAAAUCAUUAAUACCUCUGUCCAAAAAGCGCAAGAAAGUCCGUAUCAAUAAUGAUGGUGAUGACGAUGGGAGUCCCGGCACCUUGCUAUCUGCGAAUGGUGAAAGUAAAAAAGGGAAUUUAUCCAAAAAAUCCCUUAAACAGAAGGAUUUCGAGGUCACCCUACCCCUCUUUGGCCCCAACAGCUCCGGCAACGGAGACGCCCGCAACAAAGUCCGAGAGACCCUUUGUUUGUUCCAUGCCAUAUGCAGAAAGCUCCUGCAGAAAGAAGAAGCAAACGCGACCCCUGAGGACGAAGGAAAACCUGGGAGAAAUGACAAAAGGGUUGACCUUUUGGCCGCCAAUGCUAUCAAGGAGCAAGGUAAAGAAGUCAACAGCGAUAAACAGAUCCUGGGAGAUGUUCCCGGAGUUCAGGUUGGGGACGAGUUUAAAUACCGAGUCGAGCUUGCAGUUGUCGGCAUCCAUCGCCAUUACCAGAACGGCAUAGACUCCAUGAAGCUUGAAAACGGGUUACCGGUUGCCGUUAGCAUCGUCUCGUCUGGGUCUUAUUCGGAUGAUCUGGAAAACGCUGACGUCUUGAUAUACUCUGGGCAGGGAGGAAAUGUUGUCGGCAAGCAAAGGCAGCAACCCCAAGAUCAAAAGCUCGUUAGGGGAAAUUUGGCCUUGAAGAACAGCAUAGAUGCGAAAACGCCCGUCCGUGUGGUCCGAGGGUGGAAGUAUAAGGUUGUGGACCCUCUCGAUCCCAAACCAAAGCUGGUGACUAUGUAUGUAUACGACGGGCUCUACACGGUCGAGAAAUACUGGACGGAGACCGGGCCCCAUGGCCAUGGGAAGCAAGUCUUCAUGUUUGAGCUGCAUAGAAACCCCGGCCAACCUGAACUCCCCUGGAAGCAGCUGAAGAAGUCGAACAAUGCCCGGUUCCGGCCCAGUGUGUGUAUCAUGGACAUAUCAGGGAGAAAGGAGCCAUUCGGUAUUCCGGCCGUGAACACUAUAGACGAUGAGAAGCCUCCCUCGUUCGACUACGUCGAGAGGAUGAUGUAUCCUAGCUGGCACAAGCCUGUGGCACCACCUGGCUGCGAUUGCACGGGCCGGUGCUCGGACUCGAGGAAGUGCCGGUGCGCGGUCCGUAAUGGUGGGGAGAUUCCUUACAACCGCAACGGAGCACUCGUGGAGACUAAGCUUCUGGUGUACGAGUGUGGGCCCCACUGCAAGUGCCCGCCCUCCUGCUACAACAGGGUCAGCCAGAGCGGAAUCAGGCACCAGCUCGAGGUCUUCAAGACCGGGACACGGGGGUGGGGGGUGCGGCCCCUGACCUCAAUACCUUCCGGAAGCUUCAUCUGCGAGUAUGCGGGGGAGCUUCUAAAGCACACAGAAGCGGAUAGGAGGAUUGGGAAUGACGAGUAUUUAUUCGACAUAGGGCAGAAUCUGAGUGACUCGUCUCUCAACGCCGAGGAUCAGGCUCUCUCGGCUGAGCUUGUUGAGGAUGGCGGGUACACUAUAGAUGCGUGCCGGCAUGGGAAUAUAGGAAGAUUUAUUAAUCACAGCUGUGCGCCUAAUCUAUAUGCCCAGAAUGUUAUCUACGAUCACGAUGAUAUGAAGAUGCCGCACAUCAUGCUCUUUGCAAUGGAGAAUAUUCCGCCCUUGAAGGAGCUGACCUAUCACUAUAACUACUCGGUGGAUCAGAUUCAGGACUCAGAUGGCAAUAUUAAGGUGAAGAAGUGUUACUGCGGUGCUGCAGAGUGUACAGGAAGGAUGUACUGA